AUGUCGCGCAAAUCAAGCAGCAGUGAAGAAGAUCCAGGAGCUCGCUCCGUCAGCGUCUCGAUUCUCAAAGAUAGCGGAACUAAGGUGCAAUUGAUGCUAAAAGCGCAUGGUCUUAAGAAGCGCAAAAGCUUGUUGAACAGCAUUGUAACGAUCUUCAAAAAGCCUUCUUCUCCAUCACGUUUGCUAAGCAAUGGACGCUUUACCAAGUUUGAGAUUACUUCUCACAGCCUUGCCUUCAAUCUAGAGGUACAAACGGCAAAAAGGAAAAAGAAAGGAAAUGAGAACCGAACGGAACUAUUUGUUUGCGACAUUAAACAAUUUCCAUCACAAGUGAAUCCGGAUAGCGUGGAGUUUGAGAUUCUUGAACCAGCUUCUGGAGAGUGCUUCAUUUUGAUGUCAUUAGUGAAAGUGAGCGAUUUGAACAUCAAUUGGAAAGAAUUUCUCGACACGAAUGGAACUAUCGACGUCACGCAGAUC